AAAAGUAACAAAUGCGCUGUAGGUUUGUCUAAUAAUCGCAACGCCGCUUCGCUGCCGUCAGGUGAUAGCCCCUCGUACCCCCCUCAACUGUAUUCAGUCGCCGCGAGCGCCACGCGCAGUGAUGUUGUGUUAGAGGACGCUACGUGAUUUUACGAAUGAAAAAAUGCCGCGACAUCGAAUCAGAAACACCUCACGAGGAACUACUGAUAUGGAAGUUUACCGAAAAGCAGCUGAAGAGCAUUGCAAGGAAGGCACAAAAAUAAGAGCCUUAGCAAGAAAAUAUAACGUUUGCCAUGUAACGUUAUACAGAUACAUAAAAAAAGUUAAGGCAGGGAAUACUAAUGCAGUUGUUGGCUACCGUUCUGUCAACCGUGUUUUUAGUUCUGACGAGGAAAAAACUUUACAGGACUAUUUGAUUGAAUGCUCUGGAGUUUAUUUUGGAUUAUCUCCAUGUGAAGUUCGUAAACUGGCAUACGAGUUGGCGAACAAAAACAAAAAAAAAUUUCCUGAUAAGUGGCAUGACACUCAAAUGGCAGGUAAGGAAUGGUUGACGGGUUUUUUAAAGCGACAUCCAAGCCUUUCUUUGAGGAGUCCUCAAGCAACAAGUCUGUCCAGGGCCUCAAGUUUUAAUGAACACAAUGUAAAUAAGUUUUUCGAUAACCUUGGUAACGUUAUGGACAGGUACAAUUUUGAACCAAAAGAUAUCUGGAAUAUGGAUGAAACGGGGGUGACCACUGUUCAGAAACCUAGCAAGAUUAUAGCUCAAAAAGGUAUUAAGCAAGUAGGUGCAGUAACCUCAGCAGAACGUGGAAGAUUAGUAACUGUUGCGGUCGCAAUUAAUGCUCAAGGAGGACACAUUCCUCCUUUUUUUGUAUUUCCACUAAAGCGAUACCAAGACCACAUGAUACGAGAAGGUCCUGUAGGAUGUGCUGGAGCUGGCAAUAAUAGUGGAUGGAUGCAGGAAGCAGAAUUUUUGCUAUUUCUAGAACAUUUCAAAAAACAAGUAAAACCAACGGUUGAGCAAAAAUGUUUGUUACUGCUUGAUAAUCAUGCUUCGCAUAUAUCGAUCCUAGCUCUAGAUUUCUGCAAAAUGAAUGGUAUAGUAUUGUUGUCGUUUCCACCUCACUGCACACAUAAACUUCAACCUCUGGACAGAGCAGUAUUUGGACCAUUUAAGAAAAUGAUAAAUACCGCUACAGACAACUGGAUGCGAAAUCAUCCUGGCCAAACAAUGACCAUCCAUUACAUUCCAGGGAUUGUUAGAGAAGCAUUUCCUUUUUCUGUAACUGAUAGAAAUGCCAUUGCCGGAUUUACCUGUACCGGUAUAAGCCCAUUUAAUAGAAAUAUUUUUACUGCUGUCGACUUUGCACCAUCAUCAGUAACUGACCGUCCAUUACAAAUUAAUAUUGAAAUUCCACCAACUGAUCCAUUGCCCAGUUUUGAUGUAACGUCUACAAAAGAAGUUGCUUCAGAAACUUCAGCAGACGUUCUUCCAACAUCGAGUGACCAGCUUACAGACAGUAUUAAUUUGUCGAGCAAAUCACAGUCUGCUCAAGAUUUACCGGGCACGUUAUCUGCUGAAGGUAAUUCUUCAUUAACUACCCCAGCUUCCGACCAAAGAUCUCACUCGCCAGUUCCAGGACCGAGUGGAUUACAACAAAUCAACUCUUCUCAAUCGUUUAAUUUUACUCCUAAAGAUCUUCGACCUUUGCCACAAGCAGGUCCGAGAACUGCUACGAAUAAAGGACGUAAGAAGCGAAAGACAGCAAUAUUGACGGACACGCCUGAAAAAAAUGCAAUUGAAGAAGAGUACAAACAAAGAAACAAAGCCAAGAAGACGGUUUUACAAGCCGAAACUGAAAAACGCAAGAGGAAAUUUAUAUCCACAAAAGGAAAGGGAAAAGGAAAGAAGACAAGGAAGGAAGAUAAAGAAAAUAAUAAAUCUGAUGACGAAGAUUGCUUCUGUCUUGUUUGUCUAGAAAGUUUUAGCAGUAGCCGACCAAAUGAACAAUGGACACAAUGUAUGGAAUGUAAAAUGUGGUCACAUGUUGAAUGCGUCAAUGAUGAUGAAAAUUAUGUGUGCCAUAACUGCGAGUCUGAAUAGAAGACUGAUAAUGAAUGGUCUGAUUAGAAAUAAUAAGUACAAUUAGUAAGCCUACCUAAUAAUUGAUCUCAAUACCAAAACUAGAAUUAUUUGUAACGAGGAGUUAAAAUAUUGUUUUGUUUUCAUUAACUAUUAUUUUUUGAGCAUAAAAAGGCAUAAGUUUAUUUGUGUUAUUAAUACAAAUUUUUCUAAUAAAUAAUUUGUUG